GUGUUCUUUGUCCGCCAAUACAAUAUAAACCAGAGCUUGACCAGAUGAAUGCUGCACAGUCUGGUGCGAUGGCCAAGAAUCUUGACCAUGAAGUCGAGUAUUUAUUGCAACAAAUUGAAAAGGAGCCUGAUGAGAUAAGAAAUUCUUGGAAGUUCUUAAAUAUAUUCAUUGGUCCGAAUGACCUUUGUUUAAAAUGUAUGAACAACAAUCCAAAAGAAGAUAAGGCAUUUGAAAGUUAUGUUUAUGAUGCAUUAGAAAAGAUUCGCACAAACAUACCAAAUGUUAUCGUAAAUAUUGUUGGGAAUUUUAACGUUUCUCAAAUUUAUAAAAUCACUCGCGGUCAAACUGGAUAUUGUAAAAAACUCGGUAUAUUUCCAAAUUUUGAAUGUAAAUGCGCCUUUUUUGAUGGUCCAGAAGGUGACAAAAAACGCCAAAGAAUGGAUGACCUCGCACAUGAAUAUAAUAUUGCAAUUAAUAGGAUCGUACAAUAUUAUGUUGAUCAUCCAAGUGAUAAUUUUGCUGUUGUGUUUCAACCUUUUGAUGUGGACUUUAUGAGCUUUCCGAUUGAUACCCUUAGUUGUGCUGAUUGCUUUCACCCAAGCUUGAAGUUACAUAGAUUCUCGGCAAAAUUUUUGUGGAAUAAUUUCAUAAUCCCUUCAAAGUAUCGGUAUGUUCCUGUUAAAUGGGAUGCUUCGAAAAAAAUCAGGUGUUGGAAUGAUGAUGAUCGCAUUGCGACUUUCUAA